CUGGUUAAGCAAAAAAAGCAAGCUGUGCAAAUCUGAUUCACGGGAAGUAGGGAACCUCCUUAAAUUCACCCAUGAACCUGGAAAAAAUGAUUUGAUUCAACGGUAGAGUUUUAUCAAUCAUAAUUAUCAGAAUAGGACAACAAUCAAGGAGAACAAAUGAAGCAAUCAAAGGAUCCAUUUGAGGUAGCCUUUGAGGAGCAGCAAGACUUGCCCCCUGACUCCCCUGUUACGGCUGAUAAGACCGAAGCUCAAGCUUCCACGUCAGCUAUUGCCCCUGACAGUCAAGAGGAUGACCUCAGUGUCAACAUUCGGCCCACCCACCCAUCAACAUUGGUGGUGGCUCCAUCAGCUGCAGAAACUGCUGGAAUAACAAAAGAAGAGGAAGAAGAGGAGGAAGAAGAGAACAUGGAUGUCGAGCUUGAAAAAUUUCCGUCUGGUGGUGACUCUGACAAAUUGGCAAAGAUGCAGUCAAUUUUAUCUCAAUUCACAGAGGAACAGAUGAGCAGGUAUGAGUCAUUUCGGAGAUCUGGGUUUCAGAAAGCUAACAUAAAAAAGUUGGUAUCAAGCAUCACUGGGAGUCCGAAAAUCUCUGUACCCAUGACGAUUGUAGUUUCGGGUAUAGCAAAAAUGUUUGUUGGCGAGCUUGUGGAAACAGGGAGGAUAGUUAUGACAGAGAGAAAGGAGACUGGCCCUAUCAGGCCUUGCCACAUCCGGGAAGCUUAUAGAAGACUGAAGCUUGAAGGUAAGGUACCACAGAGAGCAGUUCCAAGGCUCUUCCGGUAGAUGGGUCCAGCUGAACUUUUCUGCAUGAUUACAAGGUUUUUGGCCUGUGCCUCUUCAUGACAGCAGAAUUUGAUACCAAUAGCUUGCAAUUUAAUGUUGCAGAUGAAU